UCAGUCUGAAUUGCUGAGCUGCCUGGCGUUACUGUUCAGGUGAUCGUACCAGCUCUGACCCCUUUAGCCGAGUUAAAGCAACUUAUUAUUGUUAACAUGGUGGUGGCCAUCUCUCUCCUUCUCCCCCACAGAUUUUACUGUGACUACUGCGAUACGUACCUCACCCAUGACUCUCCAUCUGUACGAAAGACACACUGCAGCGGUAGGAAACACAAAGAGAAUGUGAAAGAUUACUAUCAAAAAUGGAUGGAAGAGCAAGCUCAGAGCCUGAUCGAUAAAACGACGGCUGCAUUUCAGCAAGGAAAGAUUCCUCCCACUCCAUUCUCCGCUCCUCCACCAGGAGGGGCUAUGAUCCCACCUCCUCCUAGUCUCCCUGGACCUCCUCGACCUGGUAUGAUGCCAGCACCCCAUAUGGGAGGACCCCCUAUGAUGCCAAUGAUGGGUCCCCCACCUCCUGGAAUGAUGCCUGUCGGACCUGCUCCUGGGAUGAGGCCGCCCAUGGGAGGCCACAUGCCCAUGAUGCCUGGACCUCCAAUGAUGAGACCUCCUGCCCGUCCCAUGAUGGUCCCCACUCGGCCUGGAAUGACCCGCCCAGACAGAUAAGAAUAAAGGGAAAUCUGUUCGUGUCAUUUUUUUUUAUUCCUUGUUCUACUCCACCCAAAUACCAUGGUGCUGCACCUCUGGGGUGUUUUCCAACAGCAUGGCAAGGAAGACUUGCUCCCACUUCGGUGAAAGAAGAAACCGUUUGGAUGGGAGCAGUGGGACAGAAAUGCAGCUUACAUUUGUAUUGUGAUGUGUAAAAAUAAAAGUAUUGACUGUUUUAGCCAUAGAAGAGUUUUUUUUCAAUGAUUUUUUGUUGCUGCAAGAUGAAGAAUUCCAAAUGUGAUUCCCCAACCUUGAUAUUCAGUUCAUAUUCUCUCAUUUCAUUGUAUCUUCCCCCUUAGAUUCUUUUCCCUCAGCUAUAGAACAUUUUCCUGGGGGAUGACCCCCCUAGACAAAAAAACUUAUGUAUCAUAAGCUUUGUAAAUCUAGCACUUGUAGGCAUUUUAUUGAUUCAAAGAAUAAAUAAAAACCCACUUUAUUCA